UGCCUUUGGUGAAAGGAGCUUUAAAUUUAAAACUCUUCCUUAGCAUUUAAAAAAAAAAAAAAUCUUGUUUCUCAAUUCAGCAAUCAUGGUUGACCAAGCUACUCUUGACAAAUUGGAAGCCGGCUUCAAGAAGUUGCAAGCUGCUACUGAUUGUAAAUCUCUGUUGAAAAAAUACCUGUCAAAGGAAGUUUUUGAUGCCUGCAAAAAUAAGAAGACCGCUUUGGGGGCUACUCUUUUGGACUGCAUUCAGUCAGGUAUUGAGAAUUUGGAUAGUGGAGUUGGAAUUUAUGCACCUGAUGCUGAAGCAUACACCCUCUUCGCUCCCAUUUUUAACCCCAUCAUCGAAGACUACCACGAGGGUUUCAAGCCCACUGACAAGCAUCCUCCUACUGAUUUCGGUGAUACCAGCACUUUGGUUAACGUGGACCCUACAGGAGAAUUUGUUGUUUCUACCAGGGUGCGGUGCGGUCGCAGUUUGAAAGGAUAUGCUUUCAACCCUUGUCUGACCGAAGCUAACUACAAAGAAAUGGAAGAAAAAGUUUCCGCUGUAUUUUCAGCAUUUGAAGGUGAACUCAAAGGCAAAUACCAUCCUUUGACUGGUAUGGACAAAGCAACUCAGCAGCAACUUAUCGAUGAUCAUUUCCUCUUCAAAGAAGGUGACAGGUUUUUGCAAGCCGCCAAUGCCUGCCGCUAUUGGCCCACAGGCCGUGGUAUCUUCCAUAAUGAUGCCAAAACCUUCUUGGUGUGGGUGAAUGAAGAGGAUCAUUUGCGUAUUAUUUCCAUGCAAAAAGGCGGUGACUUGAAGGCUGUCUUUGAACGUCUGGUCAAAGCUGUGAAUAUCAUUGAAUCAAAGCUGCCAUUCUCUCGUGAUGACCGCUUGGGUUUCUUGACUUUCUGCCCAACUAACUUGGGUACUACUAUCCGAGCUUCCGUUCACAUUGCUCUUCCUAAACUCGCCAAGGACAAGAAGGUUCUGGAAGACAUUGCUGCAAAAUUCAAUCUACAAGUCCGAGGCACACGGGGUGAGCACACCGAGAGUGAAGGUGGAGUAUACGAUAUUUCCAAUAAGAGAAGAAUGGGUCUUACUGAGUACCAAGCUGUUAAAGAAAUGCAGGAUGGGAUCCUCGAGAUGAUAAAGAUGGAAAAAGCAGCAUCUUAAAACUUUCAUAAUUCAACUGCACCCAUCAUCCUAGAACUCAUACAAUGCAAGUCACAUUAAAUUCAAUUUCAAUUGGUUCUAAAAGCCGUUUCACGAAAGGUCAUAUUUAAAAACAGAUUUAUUUAAAUGUUAACUCUCACACGUUUAUUUAUGUCAUUGUUAUAUUUUUGUCUGUAAAAAAAAAAGCGAAUAAAAUUUAUUUUUAAGUUCUCUAAUAAUA